GCGGCGCGGUACGCCAGAUCAGUCCGCCGAAGGUCCGGGCCAUGGGGCAGCCCUGGGCUGCGGGGGGCUCUGAGGGGGCGCCCGCGCGGCUCCCUCUCGUGCUCACUGCGCUGUGGGCUGCAGCCGUGGGCCUGGAGCUGACCUACGUGCUGGUGCUGGGGCCCGGGCCGCCCCCUCUGGGACCCCUGGCUCGGGCCUUGCAGGUGGCGCUGGCCGCCUUCCAGCUGCUCAACCUGCUGGGCAACGUGGGUCUGUUCCUGCGCUCCGACCCCAGCAUCCGGGGCGUGAUGCUGGCCGGCCGCGGCCUGGGCCAGGGCUGGGCGUACUGCUACCAGUGUCAGAGCCAGGUGCCCCCUCGCAGUGGGCACUGCUCUACCUGCCGGGUGUGCGUCCUGCGCCGGGACCACCACUGCCGCCUGCUGGGCCGCUGCGUGGGUUUCCGCAACUACCGGCCGUUCCUGUGCCUGCUGCUCCACGCCGCGGGCGUCCUGCUCCACGUGGCCGUGCUGCUGGGCCCCGCCCUGUCGGCCCUGCUGCACGCGCAUGCGCCCCUGCACACGGCCGCCCUCCUGCUGCUGCCCUGGCUCAUGCUGCUCACAGGCCAAGUGUCCCUGGCGCAGUUCGCCUUGGCCUUCGUGACGGACACAUGCGUGGCGGGCGCGCUGCUGUGCGCCGCGGGGCUGCUGUUCCACGGGACGCUGCUGCUGCGGGGCCAGACCACGUGGGAGUGGGCGCGGGGCCAGCACGCCUAUGACCUGGGGCCUGCCCACAACCUGCAGGCCGUGCUGGGCCCGCGAUGGGCCCUGGUGUGGCUCUGGCCCUUCCUGUCCUCACCCCUGCCCGGGGACGGGGUCGCCUUCCAGACGGCAGCCGACGCGGGUGGCACAGCUUCCUGAGCCCGGGAGGAGGCGGGCGGCCAGGAAGGGGGUGUUCAUAGCUCACUUGAGGCCCAGCCUCAGUUGGGGGGGGACGGGUUGGGGUUUCAGGCCCCCCCAGCCCUGUGGCCGUGCCCCUAGCUGCUGGCCAGGCCUCCCCAUGAACACACUCCCACUUAGUUCUGGAUCCCUCCGCCUUCGUGGGGUUCUGUGGGGCGGCCACUCCUGCUUCCUCCCGGUAGCCCAGAGCACAGAACAGGGCACCUCUGGCCUUGGGGUGGGAGUUGGGGCUCCGGCGGGCGUGGUGGCACCUGGGAGUCAGCCACAGCCCUCUGCCCGCUCUGGCGCUCUCAAGCUAGAAGCUUUUCUGAGAAAUUGGGUCAUGGGCCCCCCCAAAGCUCAGCCCUGCUAAGACCAGGGGGCAGUGGGUGGGCGAGAGGCUGGACCCAGGUCUGUGAAACGCAGGGGCGGGGUGCUGGGGCACAGGGUUAGGGUCCUCCUGGCAGCGCUGCCCCAGGGCUCUCUCAGAGCGGCUGGCCCAGGGGCUUCAUUGGAGAACUGGGCUCCCUGUUUCCUCUCGCUGGCGGGGGGGGGGGGGGGGAACCAGGCUUUCAGCACUCAGGGCUGUGGGAGAUCAGAGUCGAGUCACUGUGCUAGAGGAGGCAGGGCUGGGGUGCUCUUCAGGGGCGCAGGGGUCCUGCAGGGCCCUGGGGAGUGGGCUGAGAGCCGAGGGACCAAAACCAGGGAGGGGGUCCCAGUGACCUGGCUGGUUUGUGUCCUGCCCCGCCGGGUCUUCAUGCUCGUUUCUAACUCCUGCGUGUUUCCACUCCCCUCUCACUCCAUGCCUCCCCCCCCCCAUGGGAGACGCAAGAGAACUCCCCCCCCGCCCCCCUCAGAAAUGGAGCCCGCCAUAGCCCGUGGGCGCUGGGCCAGCCCGGCCCUCGCUUUGCUGUGGCUGCUCUGCGUGUCCCAGCCAUGUGAAGGGAAGCCCCCCUCAUUGCCUCUCCCUCGGGGCGUGUUUCCGAGAUCGACGCCGAGCCUCGCUGGUAGGUGAUGGCCACACGCCCCCCCACUGUGGGGGAGCCUCCCAGAUUUCCGCUCUCGGCCCCGCUGUCCUGCACCCUGAGAGCCGGCUGUCAGGCCUCGCCACCGAGGUGCCCUGGGGUCUGUGCACGGGACCAGGAGCAUUUGCAGAGGAGUCAGGGGGAGGCUGACCCUCUGUGGAAUGGAAGUUCCCAGCUCACGAACACGGUGUAGCUCUCCGUUUGCUGUUUGCAAUAAAGUUCCCGACUUUCUUACGGAGA